GCUUACCGCUGACUUCUUCAAAAGCUUCUUUCAUCAACUCAGCACCAACUCCUAACUGUCAUGAUGCGAGGAACUUGGCGAGUCACGUUAACGGUGAUGGCUGCGCAUCGUUGGUAUAAAUAGAGCAUCACCGCUGCACGAGAGGGACAUCAAACUGGAUAAAUCAGCUGACGCACAUCGUGCUGACCCGCGGACUCACACGCGUGUGAUGCGAUAUUAAGUUGCGUCGUCUUUUCACCAUAUUUCCUAUUUAGAGAAGCAGAGUUUGCUCACUGCUGCUGGGUCUCACAGAAAUCUGCAACUUUAAAAGAAAAGGAGAAAAAAAGUCUUCAGCACUUGUUGAGUUGUGUUCCGCUCUGGAGAUGUGGUGGAUGCUGUUUCCACGGUGGAUCUGGUUCCUGGCGUGUGUGUCAGUGUGGAUGGAGCACCAGGUCGGAGUUUUGCCCCAUAUCACCUACUCACACCCGGGCAUCUGCCCCAAUGACAUGAACCCCAACCUGUGGGUGGAUGCCAUGAGCACCUGUACACGAGAGUGUGAAUCUGACCAGGAGUGUGAGUCCUUUGAGAAGUGUUGCCAAAAUGUGUGCGGGAAUCGGAGUUGUGUGGCAGCCCGUUACUUGGACGGGACGAAAGGCCCCAUGGGAAUGCCCAAGGAAGCCACCUGCACCAGUUUCAUGUGCACCCAGCAGGGCUCUGAGUGUGACAUCUGGGAUGGCCAGCCGGUGUGUAAGUGCCGGGACCGCUGCGAGAGAGAGCCGCACUUCACCUGCGCGUCUGACGGCAUGACCUACUACAACAAGUGCUACAUGGAUGCGGAGGCGUGCUCCAAGGGCAUCACCCUGGCUGUUGUCACCUGCCGCUUCCACCUCACCUGGCCCAACACCAGCCCCUCACUGCCCCAGGCCACCACUCUUCGCCCUACCACUGCUCCUCUUCAGGCGACCAUCCCACCUCCCACCGAGCCUCAGACGCCCGUCAUGGUCAGCAGCCCUGCUCAGCAGACUGUAAAUAUGGGUGACACAGCCAGCUUCCUGUGUGAUGUAAUAGGUCGCCCACGGCCUGAGAUCACCUGGGAGAAGCAGCAGCCAGAGGGGGUGGAGAGGGUGGCCAUGAAGCCUAAUCAUGUGCGAGGGAAUAUGGUGGUCACUAACAUCGGUCAGCUGGUCAUCUACAACGCCCAGCCGCAUGAUUCAGGUGUCUACACCUGCACUGCUCAGAACCCAUCUGGCUCAGUGAAAGCUAACCACCCACUUACUGUGCUGCCCACAGAGCCGCCCAAGACCCCCGAGCCCAAGAAUGUGACCCGCUGCCUGCCUGAAGAGUGUCUGAAACCCCCAGAUAACCCAGAGGACUGUGGGAGUGAGAUGGAGAAAGUCAGCUGGUACUACGAGCCCAAAACCAACAACUGCUUCUCCUUCACCCACUGUAACAUCAACAACAACAGCCCGCAGCCCAGGAAGGUGUUCGAGACAUACGAGGAGUGUAUGCAGUGCUGCGGCCCUGAGCUCUCCGGCCCCUGCGGGCUCCCCAGCCUGCAGGGCCCCUGUAAGGCCUACGAGCCACGCUGGGCCUACAGCAGCACCCUGCGGCAGUGCCAGUCUUUCAUCUACGGAGGGUGUGACGGCAACGACAACAACUUUGAAUCCAAAGAAGCCUGCGAGGAGAUGUGCCCCUACCCCAAAAACCACCACUGCAAGGCCUGCAAGCCGAGAGGCAAGAUGGUGACCAGCUUCUGCCGGAGCGACUUUGUCAUCUUGGGCCGCAUGACGGAGCUCACAGAGGAGAAGGACUCGGGCCACGCUCUUGUGACUGUGGAAGAGAUCCUAAAGGACGAGAAGAUGGGGCUGCGCUUCUUUGGCAAGGAGCCUCUGGAGGUCACCUUCCUCAACAUGGACUGGAACUGCCCCUGCCCGAACAUCACGGGCGCCGCUGCUGAGGGACAGGUCAUCAUCAUGGGCAACGUGAAUGACGGCAUGGCCGUCCUUCAGCCAGAGAGCUACGUGGGCUCUUCCAGCCCUCGCCGUGUACGGAAGCUGAGAGAGGUCAUCUCUAAAAACACAUGUGACAUUCUCAAAGCGAUCACCAACAGCCCUCAGUAGCCUUAAUGUGGACAGAAAGUUUAGACUCAACUGCAACAAGCUGUUCUCCUCUGAACAUUAACUGCAGUCAUGUUUUGAAAUUUAGGACCUUUCUUCCAUUUACUAGGUUUCUUUCUGUUGUUGAAAGUUUGCAGGAGUUCCUGAUGAGGAACCCUGUCACAUGACAUCUCAUCUGUUCUCUCAUGUGGUCUCACAGUGGAGCUUCCAUGCAGUCAUUGGUGUUGUUGAUUGAAAUACCAUGUUUGUGAACACAAGAGACAUCCAUCAUGAUCCUCGUGUUGCCUUAAUCCCCCAGACUCCGACUCCCCUCAUGCCCUCUCUCGCCUCCAGCAGAAAUGGAGGUUGCAGACUUGCAUUGAAGCACAAAACAGACACGAUUGAGUUUGACUCUCAUGUACAUACUUUAGAAAGUGUCACGAUCUUUUAAUGCUUUUAUUUGCCAGCUGUAUUCUCACCUGGCGCUUGAUAUCAUACAUUUACUUCAGUUUUUUUAUGUUGUAUAAAAACAUCCAGAUACCUGUGCUUGUUAAUGCACAUACAGUAGGUAGAUUUGGUUCAUCCAGAUGAAUGAGUUGUAAUAUAUUUUAUUAACCACCACAUUUUCUCACAGUCAGACAUUUAUUUUUUAUCUACUUGCUAUUACUUUUUGGCUAUUUAUUAUCAUGUAUGUAAGCUUGUCUUUGUUUUUUUUUCUCUGAAAUUUAAGUUUUGUAUAAUUUUGCAAAGAAAAUAAAGAUUUUGGAUUUUU